AGAGGCGAUCUUUGCUCGUAGUAGGCUAGGCGGAUCACUGUGUCGUGUUAAAUCUGUUUAAAUUAUAUUCUUUUGCUGAACUGACAAACACCGAAAGUCGAAGUCAACAACAUGUCAAAACAUGUCAAAAUCUAAACAUAACCUAGAAAAAGCUUCUGAAAACAACAAUAAACAAGCAAGAAAAAACAUCAUUCAGUAUCAGGAUAUGUGCAAGGUUGCUAUUAAUAUUUUCCAUAAUCUUUAAUAAUCCAUAUCCAAGUAAGAAAUGGCGGAACUAAAGAUAAAUCUCCGCUUUGGUGGAGGCGCUGAGCUGCUUUUCGACAGAAUAAAAAGGCGGGAUGUAGAACUGCCUCCUCUAAGGAAAUAUUACCCAGGCUCAAAGCAAGAAUCCUGGAGGAUACGGGAACUGUUGAUGUGGAUCAAGGACAACCUGCUGAGAGAGAGACCAGAGCUGUUUUUACAAGGUGACUCCGUCAGGCCAGGUAUCCUUGUGUUGAUAAACGAUGCGGACUGGGAGCUACACGACGAGCUGGACUACGAGAUACAAGCAGGAGACACCAUUACGUUCAUAUCUACAUUGCAUGGUGGUUGAAUAUUUUUAAGAAUACAGUUUUUACGUAUUUAUAUUUUUUAAGAAUAAAUUGUCUAUGAUACACAAGCUGUUUUA